AUGGCUUCAGUAAGAAACCUACCUUAUGGAUUUGGUACAAAUUACGAGACUGUAAUAAAGAUUAUUGGGAGCAAAUAUGUCCGAUGCCUUGUAGAGAAAAGUGAUGGGAAAGCAAAGGAGAUUGUGAAACCUGAGGCACACUCCAUGCUCCAAACUUUACCUCUGCAUAAUAUAAGACAGAGAAAUGGAAAAUAUCCAGACCGCAAUAAGGCACCUGGUCAGCAGAUCAAUAAUGGUGUGAAUAUUGAAUCUCAGAACAAAGAUGGAGUGGAAAAAUAUACAUCCAAACAAACAGAGACAGAGAAUGUUAUCAGAUCUGUGGACAACAAAGAACAAAAACCACUAAAUUUGUAUUGUGUUACUGCACCCUGUGGAGAUAAGUCUUUAUCUUAUAUUCACUCUAUCAAGAAACCAUCUUUUGAAGAUCAGAAUUCAUUACAACAACAGGGCAUUCUGCCAGAGACAAAGGAUGAGGAUGAUUCUCUUCUAGUUCUUCUCAGAAAGGAAUUUGAGCUGCAUCCUAUAAGCCUCACUAUUUUGGCCAGCCUGAAUGAAGAGCUCAAGGAGAGGGAUCCCAGGAAAUCAGGAUUUCUGUCUCAGGCCCAGUUGAGCACCCUGCUUCUCAAAUAUGAUAUCCCGCUACAAUUACCAACUGUCAAACUGCUUUUCAAGAAGUGUUCGCAAGCUAAUGACCAAGACCUGAUAGAUUAUGAAAAAUUGAUCCAGUUAUUAACACUCCAGGCAUCGAGCCAAAUGCAACAUAUACUUCCUGAGAAGAAUCAAAAUAAAAAGAAUCCAAGCUCUUGGACAUCAGAAAAUACAUUUCUGGCACUGAAGCAGAUACUAAAAGAACACGAUGGACAGCUGGAUUUUGAAAAAUUAACACAGAGUUUUCUGCAAGAAGACCAGAUUUGCUCAGGCCUUUUUUCAUUUUCUGAGGUAGAGAAUAUUUGCCAAAAACACGGACUAAUUCUACAUCCUGGGAUGAUGGAAACUUUGGCCAAUUUAUGUGACUUUGGUAGAAGAGGCAGAAUGCAAUGGAAACCAUUUGUAGAGUUGCUGAAGAAAGUCCAAACUGGAAUGAACCCUGCUUUGCUAGUUUGUAAAAGAAGAAAUGAGGAGAAAACUGAAGAUAAUUCUCAGAUUAAAGAACCAUAUAAACUUCAAACUGCUAAUCCAUGGAAUUCAUAUGAUGUCAGUGACUCUGAAGCCCAAGAGGCCUGGAUAGACCGGUUCAGAAAAAUGGAGAAAGCCCUUUAUUUAUCUGAUGUCAAAAACACAGGCAAGCUGGAAAAAGAAAAAGCCAAGCGUUUGAUUCAUAACUACAAUCAAAUUUAUGACCUGUGCCUCAGUCCUCUAAAAAUUGAUAAAGCAUUUCGGCCUUUUCAUUAUCACCAAGACAUGCCACUGGAACCCUUACUACAAUACUUAAAGGAGCUGUAA